CCAAAAGUAUUAUUCUACGUUCACAACUGGAUUCACAACCAACAAUUGCGCUAGCGCGCUUUUUACUUUUGUUGCAUGCUAGAGAAGAGGGGGCAAUUCAGGGGCUAGCUACUAAUGGGGCUUUAAAUAAUGAAUUACGUGAAAUUAAAUUGGGUAGAUCUCUCCGCAUUACAAAAUGGUUUAGAAGCGUUUAAACAAUUUAUAAAUUUUCUCUACGGUGAUCAAUCCGCUGCUAUUGGUGGUAGUGUUUCUGAUCAGUUACUCCUUCUCUCCAAAUUAUUCGCCGUUCCAGAUUUAGAAAUGUCUAUACGGUCGUCAACAAUUUUAGAUCUUCUUAAAGUUAAUAUAGGAGGCCAGUCAUUAGAAUCUCAAUUACCUUGUAAUACAACUCAGGGCAGUAGUGGAAUAAAUAAUUCUAGUAAUGGUAUUUCACUACCAGAACAACUAGCAAAUAUUGGGGGAUUUGUAAAUAAUAACAAUAAUGCUUCGCCGUUUAACUCCCUGCCUCUAUAUGCUGGUAAACUAUAA